AUGUCGGUAGUCAACGUCUUCAUUCACGCGCCCUCGACGCUCGUAUCAGCAGAACGACGCAUCCCGUCCAGCAUCCCCUUGCACGAUCUCAAGUACCGUCUUGAAUCGAUCGUCGGCGUGCCACCCUCCAACCAGAUCCUCGAAAUUCACUCUGCGCGAACUGAUCAUGAGCAGCAAGCGACGCUUCCCGGGCCAGGGCCGUUCGCUUCCUCCGUCCGCUCCACACUUAUCGCAGCGAUCCCGCAAAAUUCGGACCUGGAGCAACGAACGCUGGAUGAGCUCGGUGUGGUCGACGGGAUGGCGCUCAAAGUGCUCGACACGCGACCCAAGGAGCUCAUCCAGACCUACACCGACGAGAGCCUUGUUGAAAAGUACGUCAUGGACGACGACACGUACGCCGCGCGCAGAGACACCGUGCUCGCCUUCAAGCAGCGCAACAAGCUCGGCCGCUUCGACCCCUCCAAGGACGCAGCCGUUUCCAGCACCACCUCGGAAGACGUUCCGGACAACGUGGUCGUGGGCGCACGGUGCCUCGUCGACCUCUCUGGCAGCGGCACAAAUCAGAGAAAGGGCACAGUGCGGUUCGUGGGCCCGACACGAUUCGCAACGGGCACCUGGGUCGGUGUCGAGUACGACGAACCUGUGGGCAAGAACGACGGAGCCGUUGCGGGCGAACGGUACUUUACCUGUAAGCCCAAUUUCGGCGGCUUCGUGCGGCCUGACAAGCUUCAGGUUGGCAAUUUCCCGGCAGACGACUUUGAUCUCGAGCUCGACGACGAUGACGAAGAAAUGUAA